CCGGGAUUUCAACCAACAACUAAAUACGAAAGUAGCAUACAUUAUUACAUUAUUUAAUUAUUAAAAUAUUUGCUAAUAAUAAUCGAAAUUGAAUUAUGUUACAUGUAUAUUCGAUGGAGCUUUACGAACUCAUCACGCUAUUUAUUAUGUAUGAUUUCCUAUAUUAUUAUUAUUGACUUGAUAUGAAAACAAACAAACACUAAAAUAGAACAUAAAAUUUAGCUGUUUUGAAGAUUUCAAAAAUGUGUUUAUUUAGGUUUGGAACCAGCUGUUAAAUUAACCUAUAAGCACAAAAAAAUAUGUCACAAAUUUACACAAGGAAAAAUAUAAAAUGCCUCAACAAUCCUCCAAGGAGAAACAGUAGUUUACGAAAAUGCGACAAACGAUUUUUCUGGCAAGCUUUUUGCUCGGGGCCCUUUUCGUAGUGGGUCAGCAGCAAAAGUUUCCAGCAUAUUCCAACCAAACCAAUUUGGGCUGGCCAUCUAAAUUCAACUCCAGUAACAACAAUUGGGCUGGAAAAUUCAAUUCCAGCAACAAUUGGGCUGGUAAAUUCAACUCCAGCAACAAUUGGGCUGGAAAAUUCAAUUCCAGCAACAAUCGGACUGGAAAAUUCAACUUUAGCAACAAUAAUUGGGCUGGUAAAUUUAACUCCAGCAACAACAAUUAUGGAAACAAAUACAACUUUAGCAGCUACAGGCCAAUAAAUCAAUUCCCAAACAGUUCAAAAUUUAAUUUUAGCCGAGCUGUUUUGUACAAUACAACUUCCAAUGGAACAAACGAAGGACAUUUGUUCCUAGGACAAAUCCAGAUGUACGACAGAUUGCUUUUUAGCCAGGUGUAUCGCAAGGAAAGUCAUUGGUGGACAUACAGGACAUCUAUAAUUGAUUAUCCACAAGCUGGGGCAGGUAUUGGAUAUGCAAGGAUUUCAGCUAUUCGUUGUUAUAAUCAGUUUGUGGAUGGUCACAGUGCAAAAGCUUUGCUCAGAAAAGGUGGGCUUGGUUAUAGUUACGUGCAAAUUUGUUUGGAGUCCGGCUGGAAUAAGGGAUUCGAGUAUUUAGUUCAGAUUUAUGGCCAUUGAUACUUCAAAAUUUCCAAGUAAUUCCUUGUAAUUUCCUUAAAAUUGUCCAAGUUUGAAUAUAUGUAGUUAAUAAUAAAGUACAUUAUAAUGAGGUCUAUUUGAAUAUGUAUUUUGCUUUAUUAAGUAGGUAUGCUAUUUCGAGAGAAAAUUUUCAAAUUCUGACAAUAUGGA